AUGGAGGAUAUCCGUGAUCAGGAACCGGAGCAGGAGAUGCCGAACUUCCCAACUGUCCUCGCAACCCUGCAUCGUCUUCUGCGCUCUCCAAGUCCAGAACUGGACCGCAGAAGCUGCCAUGAGUUGCAGUCCAGCCGGGGUUCUGAUCGCACUGGGUCUGGUACCGCAACACCCCUCACAUCCACCUCUCAACCAAAUCUACUACUGUCCACUCCCCACGAACCUAUCACCAAGCCUGGAAAAGUCUACUCUCGUGCCUCCAGCCCUUCCUUACCCUUCGAACCCAGCACGCCUAGCUUCACCACCUCGGCUUCCGCUUCCGCUUCCACUUCCCAACCCUCUCUCCACCAGCGCAGCAGCAGCAUGCCAACCACCCAGCAGCACCCGCUCCGCACCUCCAUCUCCACCUCUCAGCUCCUAACCUCUCCUCCCUCUCAACAAUCGCAAACCCCACAAUCCUCCUCCUCCUCCUCCUCCUUCCGCAAUCCAAGAAGCCAAAAAAAAACCACUUCAGCCAAGAACCAGAACAAGAACAAGAAUAAGAACAAGAAGACCACCCCCCAAAAAGCGGAUUUCGAACUCACCCCUCUCAGUGGUCUGAUCGCACAAUCGUAUUCGGAUAUUCGUAUCUUGAAAAGUAUGAUGAAUGGGGGCGUGGAGCUAGAUCAGCAGCAGCAGACCCGCGAGAAGAAGAUUGAUUUUGAGAAGAUGGAGCAGAAUCUUAGGAGUUUUGAGGAACUCUACAACCAAUUCCUGCAUCAUCAUCACGGCAACGACGACAAGCUCACAGAAGUCCACCUCGUCGCCAUGGUCUGCAAACGCUCUGAUGUUACCCGCGCAGCCUUGAAGACUAGUGCUAGCGUGCCGCUCUUGACGACGAAUACGGCUAUGGGUGCGAAUGCAACAAGGGAAGUAGAGCAGAAGUUUGAUUGUGGAUUGUAG